AUGAGGAUGUGCAUCAACUACCGCGAGCUGAACAAGGUGACGAUCAAGAACAAGUCUCCUCUGCCAAGGAUUGAAGACUUGUUGGAUCAGCUACAAGGGGUGCUCUUGUUUUCUAAGAUUGAUUUGCACUCAGGCUAUCACCAAUUCACCGUGGUCUUCAUUGAUGAUAUCUCGAUCUACUCAAAGACGUCGGAGGAGCACGAGAAGCAUCUACGGAAGGCACUAGAGAGGCUUCGAAGGGAGCAGCUCUAUCCUAAUUUUGAGAAGUGCGAGUUUUGGUUGGACAGCGUCUCUUUCCUUGGAGAUGUGAUUUCCAGAGAAGGUGUAGUAGUUAACCCGGAGAAGGUCAAGGCAAUGGUGGAGUGGACUAGGCCAACCAGCGUAUUCAAGAUCCGUAGUUUCUUAGGGCUCGCUAGUUAUUAUCGACGCUUCAUUGAGGGUUUCUCUAAGCUAUCAGGACCACUCACUGCUUGGAAGAGGAAGAACGCUCACUAUGUUUGGAUGGACGAGUGUGAGAAGAGUUUUCAAGAGCUCAAGAGGCGCUUGAUAACUGCUCCCGUAUUGGCAUUACCAACAGGAUCUGGUAAUUUCGUAGUAUAUAGCGACGCCUCUAAGAAGGGAUUAGGGUGCGUGCUUAUGCAGAAUGGCAAUGUUAUUGUCUACGCUUCAAUUCCAACUGAAGACCUACUAGCAUAG